AUGUCUUCCGUCAAAAGUAAUAGUGACAGACAGACGCUUGUGUCUCCACCGGCACACCCGGUACCACAACUACAGAAACCCUUCGAGGAGUCAAUGAUGGAGUCGGUCAACAACCAGUUGGACGAAGACGUGCCAGCGGACGCAAUUACCAGAAGAACCAUGCUUCUGGAGGCGCCAACCUAUGAACGGGUAAUUGCUGGCAGAUGGAAGCAGAAGCCCGGAGAAAGAUACCAUCCACUUUGGAAACUCGUGGCACAAAUGUCAUUUGGGAUGCAUCUGUUGGCAAAGCAUAUGGCAAUAUCGGAAGAAGAGGUAAUGAGGAUAUUACAAUCCCACGUCGACGACAUCGACGGGUUUCUGGAGCGCACCACUGAGGAUUUUGAUCUCGCCCAAAGCGACAUCCACGAAAGAUUACGCUGUCUGAAACUCCCUCUGGCACAUGGAGACGUGUUUGACCGUAUGUUGGAAGAUCGCUCCUUUCGGGCAUCUAUCCUAGAUGGCAACGAAAAGAUUGAUCAUGUCAUCAGUCGAACCAAGAGGGCCGCAAAGGACGCCUUGAAAGACGUGCAGAAGGGAUUUGACGCGACCAAUGUACUGGAAAAAUACCUCACGAAGCUCGACUCUACGUGGAAAAGAGAAUCGCCCGAGCACGAGGCCGUACUCGUCGCUAUGCUUGGAAAUGUGGAAGGUUGGCGUCGCGCAUUUCUAGAGCUACAUCUUCAAGGCAACAAAUUGGCAGGAUCUCUGAUCAAACUCGCCGAAAUUGUCUCUGAAAUGGAGCGACGGGCUGCCGCUGUCAGCAGAAAUAUCGUUGCUAAAUCACAGAGAUAUUCACAAAAAAGUGGUCGUGCACUGUCUCAAGCUGCCUCUGGUAUUGACCAGAAGCCUUUGCCGUCUGAACCUGGCCGGCGUCUUUCGACAAGACCUUCCUCCCGGGCUACACAGCUUGCCCAACUCUCUACCUGGCCCAAUAGCGGCCGAAAAUCGGGUCAAGGCUUGAUCGCCUAUUCACAAUCCGGGAGUGGCCAGUCCCCACGAUCCUCCGACUCCAGGAGGAGCGUCAGACCCAAUGUUGGCGAGCAAUCUUUCACCUCCCCGGCAAGGGCAUCAGGCGAAUCCUCUGUACGGCAUGUCACGCAACGUGCGCCGGACGUUGUCGACUCUCUCAGAGAGGCUGGGAACAAUCAUCCUAUCGAGCUUCCUGCAGACGUCCCUGACAAUAUACUUCGCCAGGCGCCCGUUUCAGUGAAGAACCGAUUGAGUAUGACUCUAGGUCUCAAGCCUAGAGAUCUUUCAGAACAUCGGGUCUCCAGCAUCUACUACCCAAAGGCAUUGGGAGAUUUGUUAAAGUCUUCUGCAAUGUCAUCUUUACGAUUAACGCCACAAUCCUCGCAGGUCAAAGCCACCCCGGUGGUAGCCGUCAGUUCCCCGGUUACCGUGUUAGGGGGAGAAACAGAUCACUAUGAGGAAAGCCCGACACUGGGAAUGAUCACCCCAGAGAGCAAGAAUGAGCUGCAAUCAAGCCGCAAUUCUCAUACCACUCGAGAAUCUGCCCGCGCUUCUGCCCGCGCCUCAGUAGCCGGGUCAUCACCGGCAACACGGCGGUCAUCUGUUCCUAACGCAGCUUUUACCUCGCACCCUGUUGUGAUGGCUAUGGCUUCACCGCCAGCAGAGCUACCUUCAAACACUGAAUCUGACAAUGACUCUUCCUCUAAGCAUAGAAAAGACUCGAACCCUGGCAGCCUUGGGGAACCCGGACCGGAAAUGGCAGAAAUUACUACAAGGCCGACAUCUCCAUCUGAAUCCGACUCUAGAUCAGGAUCUAGGUCAAACGUCGGUGUUACCCUCGGCGGCGAUGCGACCACCCCAGCCCCUGCUGAAGAGACAUCUGCAGCCUUACUGCAGGAAGAUGAAAAGCCUGCGCAAUUGGACCCGGACGAGCAGGCGAAUCGGCGUGAAGGGUUGGAUGAAGAGGUCGUCUCACCAGCUGCAGUAACCCAAAUUCCCACACUAGAGGAUGACCGAGGCGAAUCGGGAAUCGACCUCGCCAAAGAAGCUGAAGAGGGAAUCAAUGUCAAGACAGUAGUUCCAAGAGCGGACCAUACAAGCUCAGAACCGCAGUCUAUCGCCGAGUUAGAAGCAUUCGUUCCCGAAGCACCAAACACACAGCCAGAGAGAGAUCCUGGUCCUGUGGAGUUGGAAGCCCCCAUUCAAACCUUCAGAUUACCCCCAAGGCCACUCGAGGCAUUGAGGAAUCCUGAGAAAGACGUUCUCCGGGCCAGCAUAACACAGUUGGAUGACUUUUUCAAGUUACCGACAGAACAUGCGAUUAGGCCUGGAAUGAAACCCAAGGAUUUUGGCAAUUCAGACACCCCGCAGCCGAUUGGUCCUUUGAAGCUGAAACUCGCAAAGAAGGAUGGGAGAAUAGUGCCAGUCCAGAUUGAUGGCGGCCCAGAAGAGUCUCAACAUACGGGCAUCCCAAGUUCCAAGUUGAGGAUAAACGUUGUUGCGGAUCUGAUUGAGACGAUGUCACAGACGCCACCAGGAUCACCCAUCCAUUCCAGAUCUCACUCAUCAGCUUCGAACAACUCAGGGCAACAACGCUCGCAUCGAUCAUCACGGUCCUUGGGGCCUCCUGAGCAAGCACCAGCACCCCCUGGACCUGGAGGCCGCUCCAUGGUCAGCCCCGAUUUCGCAGCAGCUGGUCAAUUUGAGGGGGAAAGAAAGCAGAAGAAAAAGUUCCGCACUGGCAGCAAAAGCGGUUGGAAGAGUUUCUUAGGUGGGAACGCAAAUGCGGCUGAAAGCUCAAGCGCGUCAUCUGCUUCACCCUCGGAACACAGUAAGGGCACCAGUCGAUCCGGCGUGGAGCCUGUGCCGAAUGCAGACACAAUGACAGCAUCAGGUAAGGAUCUGGCCUGGUUCCGCGGCGAUACGAAAAAGGCCGUGGGUGUAUCGUAG